UGGCUUCAUUGACAGUGCUCCAAACUCACAGCAACUUCAUUUAAAGAUUUGACCACUGAAGAGUCCAGCAUGCUGUUUCAAUCCCAGCUAAGAUCAUCAGCACACCGGAGCUCACACUUCCACCUGGCCUGCUGUUUCCUCAUCACGAUCCUCUACUCUGAGUCAGUCGUGUCCUUUCACGGCCCUCCGGUAACAGCAGGUCUCCGUUCUGCUUUCUCUGCCACUCAGACCAGCAGUGUGGUGGGAGGCAAGCAGAAAGCAGUGACUUUCAACAAGCUCACGGUCAACGUCGGCAGGGAUUUCAGCCCAGACACCGGCCACUUCUGCUGCCACAUCCCCGGGGCUUAUUAUUUCUCCUUCUCUGUGGGGAAAUUUCCUAAAAAGCUCCUCUCUGUGAUACUGGUGAAGAAUGGGGAGGAGGUGCAGGCCAUAGCUUAUGAUGACUACCGUGGGACGGGGAGGAAGGUUCAAAGCCAGAGUGUUAUGAUCAGUUUGAAGGAGAUGGACACUGUGUGGCUGCUGAUUCAGCAAAACCCCAAGUAUGCUCUGUACAGUAAUGCAGGUCCUUACAUCACCUUCUCUGGAUACCUGGUUUAUCCUGAAAUCCAGCCAGUCAGCGACAUUAGCAACCACCUCUUCCCAUUUCCACCUCGCCCUGAUUGUCCAUCCCAGUCUACAGAGCAACCACAGUCAGCCUUCUCUGUGGCGCGGACAUCCACGUUCAUGGGUCAGAGCAACCGGGGUCAGGACAAGCCGCCUUUGAACUUUGACAUGGAAUAUGUCAACGUAGGGGGUCAUUUCAACAAAACGUCUGGGUUGUUCACGUGCCACUUCCCAGGCGUGUACUUCUUUGCCUUCACCGUGGGGAAACACCCUCGCAAGGCCGUAUCUGUGAAGCUGAUGACCGGGAGAGGGCAGGUGCAGGCCAUGGUGUUUGACGAGGACAUGUCAAAGAGACGGGAGAUGCAGAGUCAGAGCCUGAUGCUGUCGCUCAGGGAGGGAGAGCGAGUGUGGCUGUACAGUCAGCAGGACGAGCGCUACGCCGUCUACAGCAACCAGGGCAGGUACACCACCUUCUCUGGGUUCCUGGUUUAUUCUGAAGACAAAGCCACCAAAACCCAGGACACAUCUCACCUAUAAACCCCACAACCUUUGAUCUGUCUCUUUAAUUAAAGCAUAAGCAGAUUAAAGAAGUCGUAGAUCCGCGGCCAGUGUCCUGUAGGCGUCUUUAUGACUUUUGCUGCUUUUUAUUUGCUUGUUUGGUGAAAAAUAAUAAAUAGAAGGAAAGUU